AAGCUGGCCUCUGCUGGAGACUACACGUCCCGUGAGCCCCCGCGGCACUUCCUCCCCUCGCUGUCCGGUCGGCUCCCUCUACCCCCCUCCUGGGGGCCGAAGGCUCUGGCUUCAGCCGGGCGGCCGCGGCCAGGUAGGAUUUCCGGGGGAAAGUGCCGUGGAGGCUGAGGCGCCGGCGACCCGGGGACAGGGAGAAGUUGAGAGGGAAGGAGAAGAUUGAGUGGGACAGAAAGAAAACACCUGAAGUAGAAUUUUCACUAUUUGUGAAGCUUUCCUCUUGCAGGUGGGGACCAGAAAACUACACACCUUCCCCAAACUGGCUAAUAGUGGCAUGGAAGACCCGUUUGAAGAAGCGGGACAACCCACUGCAGAUCCAGGCAUGAUCAUGGACAGUGUGGAAGCAGGAAACACAACCCCUCCCACCAAAAGGAAGAGCAAAUUCUCAGGCUUUGGCAAGAUCUUCAAGCCCUGGAAAUGGCGGAAAAAAAAGAGUAGUGAUAAAUUUAAAGAGACAUCGGAAGUUUUAGAGCGAAAAAUAUCUAUGCGCAAACCAAGAGAAGAGCUGGUUAAAAGAGGUGUUCUGUUGGAAGACUGUGAGCAGGGUGGUGAUGAUCCAGGAAAGUCAGAUCCUCCCAUGUUAAAAAAUGGCCAUACCACCCCCAUCGGAAGUACCAGAUCUUCUAGUCCAGUCCAAGUCGAAGAAGAGUUAGGAAGAAUAGUAAAUCUUAGGAAAUGUGUUUCAGAAGAGAACUCAAAGAAGCGACUAGGCUCAACUGGAAGCCAGUCUACUUCUGAAGCAGAAUCUGUUCCAGAGAAUGCACCCAAAGUGCCUUUACUUCCCCCUAAGAGACCCUUGUCUUCUUCUUACGAAGCAAAUGAAGGGUUAACAAAGGAUGGUAGCACAGCAUGGUCCAUCUCAUCCACCACCACUGCUGCCACCACUACAGCUGCUGCCACCACUGCUACUGUCGUGAACCUAGAAAAACCAGUUAAUUCCUCUGUCCCCCCAACCCCAGCACCCAGGACUCUGCCCGCGGCUCCUGCCAGUGCUAACACUGCUGCAACCAUGAGCCUCUCUCACACAGUCCCUGCCAAGCAGCCGCCUGUUCCCCCUCCUAAACCAACUCAAAGAAACAGCAACCCUGUCAUUGCUGAACUGUCACAAGCAAUCAACAGUGGCACAUUGUUAUCAAAACCAUCCCCACCCUUACCACCUAAGAGAGGCAUUCCAUCAACCUUGCCGGUCACCUUGGAGUCUACCACCAUCACCACAAAAGCUCCAAUUGAUCAAAGAGAGAGGAAUACGUGCCCUGUGGGCUCUGAACCACUGUUGAUGGUCCCACCUUCUUCUCCAUCCCCUCCAUUGCCCACUCAUAUUCCACCAGAUCCUCCACGGUCCCCUCCAUUCCUUGCUAAAACUUACCAAGUUGUGCCAGAAAUUGAGUUUAUACCUUCCUUAGACUUACCCCAGGAAGUUCCCCAGCAGGAAGAUCAGAAAAAGGAAACACCCAAGAGAAUAUUGGACGAGAGUUCUGGGGAACCCCACAUGCCCUCCAAACUGCCUCCAAUCCCACUGCAUAUCCGAAUCCAGCAAGCCUUGGCCAGCCCACUUCCUACGACUCCUCCCUUGGAGGGCUCUCAUAGAGCUCAUUCAUUGCUCUUUGAGAACAGCGACCACUUUUAUGAAGACAGCAAUACCCUGGGUCGAACCAGGUCACUUCCCAUCACUAUUGAAAUGCUGAAAGUUUCAGACAAUGAAGAAGAGGAGCAAACCCACCACUUUGCCUUCAGUGAAGAUGUGACAUCUACCUCAGCCAUCCCUAAACUACCACAGUGUCUACAGGAAGAGGAGGAGGAAAAGGAGAGUGACUCUGAUUCAGAAGGGCCUGUUCAAUACCGUGAUGAAGAGGAUGAAGAUGAAAGCCAACAUAGUGCUCUGGCCAACAAGGUGAAGAGGAAAGACACACUGGCAAUGAAACUGAAUCACAAACCCAGUGAACCAGAAUUAAACAUGAAUUCUUGGCCUCGGAAAAGCAAAGAGGAGUGGAAUGAAAUACGGCACCACAUUGGAAACACACUGAUCCGACGACUGAGUCAAAGACCAACACCAGAAGAACUAGAACAACGAAACAUACUGCAACCUAAAAAUGAAGCUGAUCGUCAGGCAGAAAAACGAGAGAUUAAACGACGACUUACCAGGAAGCUCAGUCAAAGACCAACUGUGGCUGAACUACUUGCUAGGAAGAUUCUGAGAUUUAAUGAAUAUGUGGAGGUAACAGAUGCUCAAGAUUAUGACCGCAGAGCUGAUAAACCUUGGACCAAACUGACCCCUGCUGACAAGGCUGCCAUAAGAAAAGAACUAAAUGAAUUCAAAAGCUCAGAGAUGGAGGUCCAUGAAGAGAGCAAACAUUUUACACGCUACCAUCGUCCCUGAUGCUAAAAUCUGACAGUGGAAGUAAACAACCCUACCACCACCACCCACAAGAGCUACUUUGCUGCUACAGUCUCCAGAAUGAUGUGGUGGGAAGUUCAAUACUUCUGGACACAGAAUAUAGGACUGUGGGAUAAAGGAAUAUGGGAUAUAGUUCUGGGGUGAACAGCACUUCUCUGAAUGUAGCGUUUCACUGGAACAGACUCUCAUAUGCUGCCUGGGCUGAAGCCAAACAUUUUGACACUUUUCAUACUGCAGCAUAUUGGAGGGUCUUCCAUCACCAGCCACCAGUGUUUUGGGCAACUUUCAUGAUCCUGGUUUUCUUGGCUGAACCACACCUUUACCCUAAAAAAACUGCCCUGUGCUAAGGCACCGUUAUACUCUUAGCCUUACCUGCCUGGUCCUGGUCUAACUUCCAGCCAUUAACUCCCAGUGGUGAUGGGGGAAACUUUCUGGAGUUCCUCAGUCUUUUGGUUAAGGGGCCCCUAGCCUCAGGAGAAGCCUUCCAGCCUUACUGGACUGUCAGUUGAAAACAUUUGUGUUAUACCUCUUACAACAUAGCAGUAAAGUCCUUUCAGGCAUUCCAGUCAGAGAAACUCAGGAUCUGGCAUGUUCUUCCUUUUUGGCACAAUUAUCUUGAUUUUUUUUUUUUUCUAAGAAAAAUUAUGUUGAAAAAGUGAUGGGAACUUGUGUUUUUCCUGUUAGUCUUAUCUGCAGUCCGAUUUUAAAUUGGUAAAGUGAGAUAGCAAAGCCCAAGAAAAGUCUUUAAAAGUAUGCCAACUUGGCAGAAAACUUGUCUCCUGGCUUACGCUAUACAGGCUAUUUUAACUUUUUCUCCCCCCCCCACCCUUGUCGCCCAUCCAGGCUAUUAUAAUCUUUUCUGUACUGAAUGAUACCCAGACUCAUUCUGGCCAAUAGGUGUGUUCUGCUGUAUAAAGCAAGGUUGUAGCAACUCUGUGGACGCACCAUUAUGCUACCAGACCCCUGUGAUUCUAGCCAGAAUCAGUAGCGUAGGGAUCUGAGGGUGCUAGAUUGGGAAAGUCUUGGGCCCACUUGUGACCCACUGCUCCUCCUCUCUCAGCCCUCUUUUGUUAUGCUCUCUCAGCUCUAAGCACUGAUCCACUGACCAUCUCUGGUAGUUUCCACCUCACUCACUUCUCCUCUUCCAGUGAGCUUAGUGCCUGGGUGUUGGUAAUUAAUAUGAUUCCUGAGCACAGAAGAUUCACUUGCUUUCUUUUAAUUUUGGUUGAAAUCUACACAUCUUCACUAUUUUCUUCUAGUUCAUGUCCACACUAAGUAGAAGGGGGGAAAGUUCUAGUUAACUGGUGAAUACUGCUCUUUCCCUUUAUUUUUAUAUUCAGGAUGUUACGCAGAUUCCUCUGCAAUCCUUGUUUUGUUUGUUUUGUUUUUUCAACCAGAGCACUGCUCAGCUCUGGUUUAUGUUGUUGCUGUGGAUUGAAUUUGGAACAUUGGGUGUCUCAGAUGUAAGAGUCUUUUUGCAUAAGCACUGUACUAUCUCUCCAGCCCUGUAAGUAAUCUUUCAGUAGUGUUUUUUGUUUCUUUGUUUUUUCCUUGUCAAUGUGUAAAAGUUGUUGACUAAUUAGAGUAUCAGGUUAAAAAAUAUAUAUAUAACCUAAGGUGGCCUUAAAAUAUAUCUUUUCUCAGCAUGGAAUAAAAAGAAAUUAUUUUGAUUUCUCACUUGCCAUCAAAACUACUUUGAUUCUGAAGAUACACUAGGUCCAUACCUCCUUAAAGCUUAUUAACAUAACACUUGGUAUGUCUGAGGGAAGAUUAAGCGACAGUUCUUCCAGGUUGUUAGAGGUCUGUAUAUAGGUGACCAUACAUUAAUUGCUAACUUUACUUCUGACCUUUCUAUCUUGUUAGUUUGAAAACUACUUGGCUUAUGCCCAACAUUCUCUGUGGCUUGAAAUGACAUUUUCAACCUCUGACUCUUCCCUUUAAUGUGCCAAGCUUGAAACAGGAUUUGAUUUCCUGAGCUACACGUCUGCUUUCUAUGUGCCACCAGAGAAUCUGCUUCAUCUUGCAUCUCAUUUAAGUUCUUAUGAAAUAAGAUACUUUGGGAGUCAAGUAUUUUUCUGCAUUUUAUAUGUAUGUGUAUAUAUGGCUUUUAUAUCCCCUUCAUGUAAUUAGCAACUCACAAUCAAAUGUAAAGAAGAAAUAAAUGCCCUGAUGUAAUGUACUUCCCCAAUGUAUAGACUCUCCUUGUAAAAUAAAUAAUUGCAUUGUAUAUCAGUCUUCCUAUCAAUAUUAAUUAUUAAAGUAUUUUAGAACUUUAAAAA